UCAACCCCACAGAUUCCUGCACAGUGACUGUUCACUUCAACAGCAUGAGUAGACGCUCUCCGGCUCUCCGGAAUAGACCGUAAAAGUACUUCACUUUCUUGUCCAACAACGUCAGCUUUAUUCUAUUCAGAUUAAUGCGAGGGCUAUGGACAAAAUCACUUCUCUAAUGGAGCAAUAUCGGCUUUCUCUUCUCUGUUGGGGCACCGUGUUUAUUUCUGUAGUUCUCAUGGAUCGGAGCGGAGUCGAUGGGAUGUAUCCUAUACACAAUUCUAUACCGAUUCGUCAGCUGUGUAAGUUCUGCGACGUAGAGACGUCCACCUGUAAUGGCACUGACACCUGUAAAAGCAACUGCAGCAUCACAUCCAUCUGUGCUGACCCUAAUGAGAUCUGCGUGGCUAUCUGGAGGAAGAACGAUGAUAACAACACAAUUGAGACAUUGUGUCACAACCCCUCCAAGCCCCUCUAUGGCAUCAUGGUAGAGAACUACAACAAAACCAGUUGUGAGAUGAAGAAGAGGAUAUCAAACAGCGGGCCCUUCCACAUCUGCUCCUGCAACGCUGAGGAGUGCAAUGACGACCUGAUGUUCAAUCUCCCUGUAGGUACAGACCCCACAAAUAACCAGGUGGUGUUGGUGAUCCUAGUCAGUUUACUGCCCCUGCUCGUUCUGGCUGUGCUGGUCAUUGCCUCUUUCUACUGGUAUCGGAUCUACCGUCGACGCAAACUUGAUGAGUGGGAGACCAAGAAGCCAUCCAAACGCAAAGGACCCAAAGGCCCACUGGACUGCAGUGACGCUUGCGCCAUUAUGAUGGACGACGACCGCUCCGACAGCAGCUCCACGCAUGCCAAUAACCUCAACCACAACACAGAACCUCUGCCCAUUGAGCUGGACCUUCAAGUGGGCAAGGGCCGCUUUGCAGAGGUCUACAAGGCCAAACUUAGGCAAAGUCCCUCGGAGCAGUUUGAGACAGUCGCGGUAAAGAUCUUCCCCUACGAAGAGUAUGCGUCUUGGAAAAAUGAGAAGGACAUCUUCUCUGACAUCGAUCUGAAGCAUGAGAACAUUCUACACUUCUUAACGGCCGAAGAGAGAAAGGUAGAGAAACAGUACUGGCUGAUCACCGCCUAUCACCAGCGUGGUAACCUGCAGGAGUACCUCACACGCCAUCUAAUCAGCUGGGAGGACCUGCGGCUGCUUGGGGGCUCACUGGCUCUGGGUGUGGCUCAUUUGCAUAGUGACCACACCCCCUGCGGGAGGCCCAAAGUGCCCAUCGUCCACCGAGAUCUAAAGAGUUCCAACAUCCUGGUGAAGAAUGACCUCACCUGCUGCCUUUGUGACUUUGGGCUUGGCCUCCGUCUGGACAACUCGCUCUCGGUAGACGACUUGGCCAAUAGUGGACAGGUGGGUACAGCAAGGUACAUGGCCCCAGAAGUGCUGGAAUCAAGGAUCAACCUGGAAAACAUUGAGUCCUUCAAGCAAACUGACGUCUACUCCAUGGCCCUGGUACUUUGGGAGAUAACCUCCAGGUGUAACGCCAUAGGAGAGGUGAAGGACUACGAACCUCCGUUCGGCUCUAAAGUUCGAGAGCACCCCUGUGUGGAGAGCAUGAAGGACAACGUGCUGAGAGACAGGGGACGGCCGGAGAUCCCCAACAGCUGGAUAAAGCACCAGGGUGUGGCCAUGGUGUGUGCCACCAUCAACGAGUGCUGGGACCAUGAUCCCGAGGCACGGCUCACGGCACACUGUGUGGCAGAGCGCUUCAACGAGAUUGAGGAUGACCUAGAUAAGUUGUCCACCUGUAGCAGCUCCGAAGAGAAGAUUCCAGAAGAUUGCUCUAUGAGCGUGAGCGAUGACAAAUGAGAGAAAGUUCUCAUCACCUUCACACCAUCUCUCGUUGCCACCAGCUGCUGGUGAUUCGCUUAAGAAUACAUUUUGCCAAGAACAGCAGAAACUGAAUGUUUGGAUCCUUGCAAUGGUGUUUCUCAGGCCUCAUUGGGUGGAGUGGAGCAAUGUGGCCUUUUCAUAAAGCUUUAUGUUUCAUAACCAAAGAUUUCAUGCACUUUAUCAGAUUACUUAUGCAUAGCUCACACUGAGGAAGGUCACGCUACCGAGCUAGAGGAGCUGGACGGACACACAUAUUCUCCUCUUGAAGCUGACCAAGAGCCAAAUGUAAUCAGGAAAAUGUUUUGCCUCAACACUAAAGAUUCAUAGGAGAUUGUAUAAGAUUUUUAAUUUCUACAGAUUAAUUCAGGAUUUUCUGGAUUUAUGGAAGAAUGUUUGUUAAUUAGAUCAUAAGAGAUUAUGUUUGAGAGUGUGUAUGUUUUGUGCAGGAUUGUGUGACAGUCUAAGAAUACUGGAGUGUGUGCAUGUGUGUGUGUUUGAUAUUUCUUUUACAGAGAAGUUUUUGUUUUUCAGCCAAGGAAAAUAAGUAUAUUGUAAAUACAGCUUUUCAAAUACAGUAUACAUCAGCCAUCACUAUUGAGAGAGCCAAAAAAGUGAAGAGAAUGCUGCACAUAACAAGAAGUGUGUAAAACAAACAGUAUUUUUAGACUCACAAAGUGCCUCUAAUGUGUACACAUAUCUUGGAUACUGAAAAUAAUUGUGCCUUUCUUUUUUUACUGCUUUUUAUGUAAUAUAUUGUAAAUCUUUGAUGAUUAAAAUACAUUUAUGUA